AUGGAAAGUUCAACCAUAAUCACAAAAGUAAUUGGACUGGCUGACCUACAUUGUCACGAAGACAAAUAUAACAGUAAUAUCAACAUAUUUGACCUAAGCUACCCACAAUAUGGAAAAGAAACAUCCGGAUCGAUACCGUCCACAACAGAAGCGCCAAUAUCUCGACAUCCGUUCCGUGUAGCAAUUCAUCGUCGACCAGUUGCCACCACUAAUACCACCUCCAUAAAUGACACCACACAAUCUAUCACUAUUAUUCUAGAUAAUGAAAAGCUUUUGAAGAACAUUGAAGAGACAGAUUCUAUUGAAGAUCUAUCCAUAAACACACGUUCUAAUUCGAAGAACCGGAUGACUCAAAGAUUGUCUAUAAAAGUUGAGCAAGAUCAAAAUCCUGCCGCUACGCGUGAAGAGGAGAAAAACAGGCAGAGUAAAAGCUAUAGCUCCAGCUUAAAGCAAAGUGAAGUGCUUACACUCAAGGCUCACAAUGCGUAUGAUAUCGACAUAGACCCGAAGACUAACGGGAAAUUCACAGUUGAAGGAUCUUUCAAAGACCCCCAACCUACAGGAUUCACCACUGCAACUAAUAUUACAAAUGUUUCGCGGGGAACAAACCAAUCUACAACGAAAUAUAUCGAAGACAGAAAGUACACAAGAGUAUCCCAGGAUGAAAAUCCCGUAAACAGUUUUACUGACACAAACGACACAGAACUGCCACACACGGCAAUAUCCACAAAUAAAUAUAUCAAUACAAAAGAGAGACAUACAGCAGUACAAAAUCUAAGCCCUACUUACACUUAUACAGAAACAAACGACAAACACAAGUUAGUUUCACAAAGAAGACUCCCAUCAACUACAUCUACCGAAAAAGAAAACUUUACUGAUACAUCGUCUAGAGUAAGACCCUCAACAGGUGUAUAUACGGAGAACUUUGAAAAAAUCACUAAAACGCCAUUUACUUCAGCUGACACUGUAAUAACUACCAAAAAGUACUCUGAAGUAUCAUUACAAAAUUCCGCUAGAACUACUGGACAAACGGGUACAAGUGAAAAGUUUACGGAGACAUCGUCUUCAGUACCCUCACAUCAUAAAAACAAACUUGUUACAAAUACACGGUCAAUUAGAGAUAGCGCAGAAAAUUCCGAUCAAACUGACACCGCAAUAAGUAACAAAAAGUACUCUGAUUUAUCAUUACAAAAUUCCGGUCGAACUACUGGACAAACGGGUAUAAGUGAAAAGUUUACGGAGACAUCAUCUUCAGUAAAACCCUCAACGGACAUAGAAUCGGAGACUUUUGAAAAAACUAGAACAUUGUUGACAAAAUACACGGGUGCAAUUAGAGAUAGCGCAGGGACAUUAAAAAACUCCGAUCAAAGUCUUAGACAUACGGAUAUAAGUGAAAAGUUUACGGAGACAUCAUCUUCAGUACGAUCCUCAACAGAUAUACAUCCGGAGAUAUUUGAAAAUACCGGAACAUUGACAACAAAGUAUACGGAUGCGAUUAGAGAUAGCGCAGCGACAUCACAAAAUUCCGGUCAAACUAAUGUAAAAACGGUUAUAAUUACUGAUACAUCUUCUAGCGUACGACCCUCAACACGUGUAUAUUCGGAGACUUUCGAAAAAACCGUUAAAACUCCUUUAACAUCAUCUGGCACUGUAAUUACUAGCAAAAAGUACUCUGAAGAGUCAUUAAAAAAUUCCAGUCAAACUACUGGACAAACGGAUAAAAGUGAGAAGUUUACGGAGACAUCGUCUAGAGUAAGACCCUCUACAAAUAUAUAUUCGGAGACAAUUGAAAAAACUGGACCAUUGACGUCAAAGUAUACAGAUGCGAUUAGUGGUAACACAGUGACAUUACAAAAUUCCGGUCAAACUACUGUACAAAAGGGUAUCCGUGAAAAGUUUACUGAUACAUCGUCUAGAGUAAGACCCUCAACAGGUCUAUACUCGGAGCCUUUUGAAAAAAUCAUUAAAACGCCUUAUACUUCCGCUGACACUGUAAUAACUAACAAAAAGUACUCUGAUGCAUCGUUACAAAAUUCCGGUCAAACUACUGGACAAACGGGUAUAAGUGAAAAGUUUUCGGAGACAUCGUCUUCAGUAAAACCCUCAACAGACAUGGAAUCGGCGACAUUUGAAAAAACUAGAACAUUGUUGACAAAAUACACGGGUGCAAUUAGAGAUAGCGCAGGGACAUUACAAAACUCCGAUCAAAGUCUUAGACAUACGGGUAUAAGUGAAAAGUUAACGGAGACAUCAUCUUCAGUAAGACCCUCAACAGAUAUACAUCAGGAGGCAUUUGAAAAUACAGGAAGAUUGACAACAAAGUAUACGGAUGCGAUUAGAGACAGCGCAGCGACAUCACAAAAUUCCGGUCAAACUAAUGUACAAACGGUUAUAAUUACUGAUACAUCUUCUAGCGUACGACCCUCAACACGUGUAUAUUCGGAGACUUUCGAAAAAACCGUUACAACUCCUUUAACUUCAUCUGACACUGUAAUAACUAGUAAAAAGUACUCUGAAGAGUCAUUAAAAAAUUCCAGUCAAACUACUGGACAAGCGGAUAAAAGUGAGAAGUUUACGGAGACAUCAUCUAGAAUACGACCCUCUAAAAAUGUAUAUUCGGAGACAUUUGAAAAAACUGGACCAUUGACGACAAACUAUACAGAUGCGAUUAGUGGUAACACAGUGACAUUACAAAAUUCCGGUCAAACUACUGUACAAAAGGGUAUCCGUGAAAAGUUUACUGAUACAUCGUCUAGAGUAAGACCCUCAACAGGGACAUUAAAAAAUUUCGAUCAAAGUCUUAGACAUACGGAUAUAAGUGAAAAGUUUACGGAGACAUCAUCUUCAGUACGAUCCUCAACAGAUAUACAUCCGGACAUAUUUGAAAAUACCGGAACAUUGACAACAAAGUAUACGGAUGCGAUUAGAGAUAGCGCAGCGACAUCACAAAAUUCCGGUCAAACUAAUGUAAAAACGGUUAUAAUUACUGAUACAUCUUCUAGCGUACGACCCUCAACACGUGUAUAUUCGGAGACUUUCGAAAAAACCGUUAAAACUCCUUUAACAUCAUCUGGCACUGUAAUAACUAGCAUAAAGUACUCUGAAGAGUCAUUAAAAAAUUCCAGUCAAACUACUGGACAAACGGAUAAAAGUGAGAAGUUUACGGAGACAUCGUCUAGAGUAAGACCCUCUACAAAUAUAUAUUCGGAGACAAUUGAAAAAACUGGACCAUUGACGACAAACUAUACAGAUGCGAUUAGUGGUAACACAGUGACAUUACAAAAUUCCGGUCAAACUACUGUACAAAAGGGUAUACGUGAAAAGUUUACUGAUACAUCGUCUAGAGUAAGACCCUCAACAGGUGUAUACUCGGAGACUUUUGAAAAAAUCACUAAAACGCCUUAUACUUCCGCUGACACUGUAAUAACUAACAAAAAGUACUCUGAUGCAUCGUUACAAAAUUCCGGUCAAACUACUGGACAAACGGGUAUAAGUGAAAAGUUUUCGGAGACAUCGUCUUCAGUAAAACCCUCAAGAGACAUAGAAUCGGAGACAUUUGAAAAAACUAGAACAUUGUCGACAAAAUACACGGGUGCAAUUAGAGAUAGCGCAGGGACAUUACAAAACUCCGAUCAAAGUCUUAGACAUACGGGUAUAAGUGAAAAGUUAACGGAGACAUCAUCUUCAGUAAGACCCUCAACAGAUAUACAUCCGGAGACAAUUGAAAAUACAGGAACAUUGACAACAAAGUAUAGCGAUUCAAUUAGAGAUAGCGCAGCGACAUCACAAAAUUCCGGUCAAAAUAAUGUACAAACGGGUAUAAUUACUGAUACGUCUUCUGUCGUACAACCCUCAAAACGUGUAUAUUCGGAGACUUUCGAAAAAACUGUUAAAACUCCUUUAACUUCAUCUGACACUGUAAUAACUAGCAAAAAGUACUCUGAAGAGUCAUUAAGAAAUUUCAGUCAAACUACUGGACAAACGGGUAUACGUGAAAAGUUUACGGAGACAUCGUUUAGAGUAGGACCCUCUACAAAUAUAUAUUCGGAGACAUUUGAAAAAACUGGACCAUUGACGACAAACUAUACAGAUGCGUUUAGUGGUAACACAGUGACAUUACAAAAUUCCGGUCAAACUACUGUACAAAAGGGUAUCCGUGAAAAGUUUACUGAUACAUCGUCUAGAGUAAGACCCUCAACAGGUGUAUACUCGGAGACGUUUGAAAAAAUCACUAAAACGCCUUAUACUUCAGCUGACACUGUAAUAACUAACAAAAAAGAUAGCGCAGGGACAUUACAAAAUUCCGAUCAAAGUCUUAGACAUACGGGUAUAAGUGAAAAGUUUACAGAGACAUCAUCUUCAGUAAGAUCCUCAACAGAUAUACAUCCGGAGAUAUUUGAAAAUACCGGAACAUUGACAACAAAGUAUACGGAUGCGAUUAGAGAUAGCGCAGCGACAUCACAAAAUUCCGGUCAAACUAAUGUACAAACGGGUAUAAUUACUGAUACAUCUUCUAGCGUACGACCCUCGACACGUGUAUAUUCGGAGACUUUCGAAAAAACCGUUAAAACUCCUUUAACUUCAUCUGACACUGUAAUAACUAGCAAAAAGUACUCUGAAGAGUCAUUAAGAAAUUUCAGUCAAACUACUGGACAAACUGGUAUACCUGAAAAGUUUACGGAGACAUCGUCUAGAGAACGACCCUCUACAAAUAUAUAUUCGGAGACAUUUGAAAAAACUGGACCAUUGACGACAAAGUAUACAGAUGCGAUUAGUGGUAACACAGUGAAUUUACAAAGUUCCGGUCAAACUACUGUACAAAAGGGUAUCCGUGAAAAGUUUACUGAUACAUCGUCUAGAGUAAGACCCUCAACAGGUUUAUACUCGGAGCCUUUUGAAAAAAUCAUUAAAACGCCUUAUACUUCAGCUGACACUGUAAUAACUAACAAAAAGUACUCUGAUGUAUCAUUACAAAAUUCCAGUCGAACUACUGGUCAAACGGGUAUAAGUGAAAAGUUUACGGAGACAUCAUCUUCAGUAAAACCCUCAACAGACAUAGAAUCGGAGACAUUGGAAAAAACUAGAACAUUGUCGACAAAAUACACGGGUGCAAUUAGAGAUAGCGCAGGGACAUUACAAAAUUCCGAUCAAAGUCUUAGACAUACGGGUAUAAGUGAAAAGUUUACAGAGACAUCAUCUUCAGUAAGAUCCUCAACAGAUAUACAUCCGGAGAUAUUUGAAAAUACCGGAACAUUGACAACAAAGUAUACGGAUGCGAUUAGAGAUAGCGCAGCGACAUCACAAAAUUCCGGUCAAACUAAUGUACAAACGGCUGACACUGUAAUAACUAACAAAAAGUACACUGAUGUAUCAUUACAAAAUUCCGGUCGAACUACUGGACAAACGGGUAUAAGUGAAAAGUUUACGGAGACAUCAUCUUCAGUAAAUCCCUCAACAGACAUAGAAUCGGAGACAUUUGAAAAAACUAGAACAUUGUUGACAAAAUACACGGGUGCAAUUAGAGAUAGCGCGGGGACAUUACAAAAUUCCGAUCAAAGUCUUAGACAUACGGGUAUAAGUGAAAAGUUUACAGAGACAUCAUCUUCAGUAAGAUCCUCAACAGAUAUACAUCCGGAGAUAUUUGAAAAUACCGGAAUAUUGACAACAAAGUAUACGGAUGCGAUUAGAGAUAGCGCAGCGACAUCACAAAAUUCCGGUCAAACUAAUGUACAAACGGGUAUAAUUACUGAUACAUCUUCUAGCGUACGACCCUCAACACGUGUAUAUUCGGAGACUUUCGAAAAAACCGUUAAAACUCCUUUAACUUCAUCUGACACUGUAAUAACUAGCAAAAAGUACUCUGAAGAGUCAUUAAAAAAUUUCAGUCAAACUACUGGACAAACGGGUAUACGUGAAAAGUUUACGGAGACAUCGUCUAGAGUAAAACCCUCUACAAAUAUAUAUUCGGAGACAUUUGAAAAAACUGGACCAUUGACGUCAAAGUAUACAGAUGCGAUUAGUGGUAACACAGUAACAUUACAAAGUUCCGGUCAAACUACUGUACAAACGGGUAUACGUGAAAAGUUUACUGAUACAUCGUCUAGAGUGAGACCCUCAACAGGUCGAACUACUGGUCAAACGGGUAUAAGUGAAAAGUUUUCGGAGACAUCAUCUUCAGUAAAACCCUCAACAGACAUAGAAUCGGAGACAUUUGAAAAAAAUAGAACAUUGUCGACAAAAUACACGGGUGCAAUUAGAGAUAGCGCAGGGACAUUACAAAAUUCUGAUCAAAGUCUUAGACAUACGGGUAUAAGUGAAAAGUUUACGGAAACGUCAUCUUCAGUAAGACCCUCAACAGAUAUACAUAAGGAGAUAUUUGAAAAUGCCGGAACAUUGACAACAAAGUAUACGGAUGCGAUUAGAGAUAGCGCAGCGACAUCACAAAAUUCCGGUCAAACUAAUGUACAAACGGGUAUAAUUACUGAUACAUCUUCUAGCGUACGACCCUCAACACGUGUAUAUUCGGAGACUUUCGAAAAAACCGUUAAAACUCCUUUAACUUCAUCUGGCACUGUAAUUACUAGCAAAAAGUACUCUGAAGAGUCAUUAAAAAAUUUCAGUCAAACUACUGGACAAACGGAUAUACGUGAAAAGUUUACGGAGACAUCGUCUAGAGUAAGACCCUCUACAAAUAUAUAUUCGGAGACAUUUGAAAAAACUGGACCAUUGACGACAAAGUAUAAAGAUGCGAUUAGUGGUAACACAGUAACAUUACAAAGUUCCGGUCAAACUACUGUACAAACGGCUGACACUGUAAUAACUAACAAAAAGUACUCUGAUGUAUUAUUACAAAACUCCGGUCGAACUACUGGACAAACCGGUAUAAGUGAAAAGUUUUCGGAGACAUCAUCUUCAGUUAAACCCUCAACAGACGUAGAAUCGGAGACAUUUGAAAAAACUAGAACAUUGUUGACAAAAUACACGGGUGCAAUUAGUGAUAGCGCAGGGACAUUACAAAAUUCCGAUCAAAGUCUUAGACAUACGGGUAUAAGUGAAAAGUUUACAGAGACAUCAUCUUCAGUAAGAUCCUCAACAGAUAUAAAUCCGGAGAUAUUUGAAAAUACCGGAACAUUGACAACAAAGUAUACGGAUUCGAUUAGAGAUAGCGCAGCGACAUCACAAAAUUCCGGUCAAACUAAUGUACAAACGGGUAUAAUUACUGAUACAUCUUCUAGCGUACGACCCUCAACACGUGUAUAUUCGGAGACUUUCGAAAAAACCGUUAAAACUCCUUUAACUUCAUCUGGCACUGUAAUUACUAGCAAAAAGUACUCUGAAGAGUCAUUAAAAAAUUUCAGUCAAACUACUGGACAAACGGAUAUACGUGAAAAGUUUACGGAGACAUCGUCUAGAGUAAGACCCUCUACAAAUAUAUAUUCGGAGACAUUAGAAAAAACUGGACCAUUGACGUCAAAGUAUACAGAUGCAAUUAGUGGUAACACAGUAACAUUACAAAGUUCCGGUCAAACUACUGUACAAACGGGUAUACGUGAAAAGUUUACUGAUACAUCGUCUAGAGUGAGACCCUCAACAGGUCGAACUACUGGACAAACGGGUAUAAGUGAAAAGUUUUCGGAGACAUCAUCUUCAGUAAAACCCUCAAUAGACAUAGAAUCUGAGACAUUUGAAAAAAAUAGAACAUUGUUGACAAAAUACACGGGUGCAAUUAGAGAUAGCGCAGGGACAUUACAAAAUUCUGAUCAAAGUCUUAGACAUACGGGUAUAAGUGAAAAGUUUACGGAAACGUCAUCUUCAGUAAGACCCUCAACAGAUAUACAUCCGGAGAUAUUUGAAAAUACCGGAACAUUGACAACAAAGUAUACGGAUGCAAUUAGAGAUAGCGCAGCGACAUCACAAAAUUCCGGUCAAACUAAUGUACAAACGGUUAUAAUUACUGAUACAUCUUCUAGCGUACGACCCUCAACACGUGUAUAUUCGGAGACUUUCGAAAAAACCGUUACAACUCCUUUAACUUCAUCUGACACUGUAAUAACUAGCAAAAAGUACUCUGAAGAGUCAUUAAGAAAUUUCAGUCAAACUACUGGACAAACGGAUAUACGUGAAAAGUUAACGGAGACAUCGUCUAGAGUAAGACCCUCUACAAAUAUAUAUUCGGAGACAUUUGAAAAAACUGGACCAUUGACGACAAAGUAUAAAGAUGCGAUUAGUGGUAACACAGUGACAUUACAAAGUUCCGGUCAAACUACUGUACAAACGGGUAUACGUGAAAAGUUUACUGAUACAUCGUCUAGAGUGAGACCCUCAACAGGUGUAUACUCGGAGACUUUUGAAAAAAUCACUAAAACGCCUUAUACUUCAGCUGACACUGUAAUAACUAACAAAAAGUACUCUGAUGUAUUAUUACAAAACUCCGGUCGAACUACUGGACAAACGGGUAUAAGUGAAAAGUUUUCGGAGACAUCAUCUUCAGUUAAACCCUCAACAGACGUAGAAUCGGAGACAUUGGAAAAAACUAGAACAUUGUCGACAAAAUACACGGGUGCAAUUAGUGAUAGCGCAGGGACAUUACAAAAUUCCGAUCAAAGUCUUAGACAUACGGGUAUAAGUGAAAAGUUUACAGAGAUAUCAUCUUCAGUAAGAUCCUCAACAGAUAUACAUCCGGAGAUAUUUGAAAAUGCCGGAACAUUGACAACAAAGUAUACGGAUGCGAAUAGAGAUAGCGCAGCGACAUCACAAAAUUCCGGUCAAACUAAUGUACAAACGGGUAUAAUUACUGAUACAUCUUCUAGCGUACGACCCUCAACACGUGUAUAUUCGGAGACUUUCGAAAAAACCGUUAAAACUCCUUUAACUUCAUCUGACACUGUAAUAACUAGCAAAAAGUACUCUGAAGAGUCAUUAAAAAAUUUCAGUCAAACUACUGGACAAACGGAUAUACGUGAAAAGUUUACGGAGACAUCGUCUAGAGUAAGACCCUCUACAAAUAUAUAUUCGGAGACAUUUGAAAAAACUGGACCAUUGACGACAAAGUAUAAAGAUGCGAUUAGUGGUAACACAGUGACAUUACAAAGUUCCAGUCAAACUACUGUACAAACGGGUAUACGUGAAAAGUUUACUGAUACAUCGUCUAGAGUGAGACCCUCAACAGGUGUAUACUCGGAGACUUUUGAAAAAAUCACUAAAACGCCUUAUACUUCAGCUGACACUGUAAUAACUAACAAAAAGUACUCUGAUGUAUUAUUACAAAACUCAGGUCGAACUACUGGACAAACGGGUAUAACUGAAAAGUUUUCGGAGACAUCAUCUUCAGUAAAACCCUCAACAGACAUAGAAUCGGAGACAUUUGAAAAAAAUAGAACAUUGUUGACAAAAUACACGGGUGCAAUUAGUGAUAGCGCAGGGACAUUACAAAAUUCCGAUCAAAGUCUUAGACAUACGGGUAUAAGUGAAAAGUUUACGCAGACAUCAUCUUCAGUAAGAUCCUCAACAGAUAUAAAUCCGGAGAUGUUUGAAAAUACCGGAACAUUGACAACAAAGUAUACGGAUGCAAUUAGAGAUAGCGCAGCGACAUCACAAAAUUCCGGUCAAACUAAUGUACAAACGGUUAUAAUUACUGAUACAUCUUCUAGCGUACGACCCUCAACACGUGUAUAUUCGGAGACUUUCGAAAAAUCCGUUACAACUCCUUUAACUUCAUCUGGCACUGUAAUAACUAGCAAAAAGUACUCUGAAGAGUCAUUAAAAAAUUUCAGUCAAACUACUGGACAAACCGGUAUACCUGAAAAGUUUACGGAGACAUCGUCUAGAGAACGACCCUCUACAAAUAUAUAUUCGGAGACAUUUGAAAAAACUGGACCAUUGACGACAAAGUAUACAGAUGCGAUUAGUGCUGACACUGUAAUAACUAACAAAAAGUACUCUGAUGUAUCAUUACAAAACUCCGGUCGAACUACUGGACAAACGGGUAUAAGUGAAAAGUUUUCGGCGACAUCAUCUUCAGUUAAACCCUCAACAGACAUAGAAUCGGCGACAUUUGAAAAAACUAGAACAUUGUUGACAAAAUACACGGGUGCAAUUAGUGAUAGCGCAGGGACAUUACAAAAUACCGAUCAAAGUCUUAGACAUACGGGUAUAAGUGAAAAGUUUACGGAGACAUCAUCUUCAGUAAGAUCCUCAACAGAUAUACAUCCGGAGAUAUUUGAAAAUACCGGAACAUUGACAACAAAGUAUACGGAUGCAAUUAGAGAUAGCGCAGCGACAUCACAAAAUUCCGGUCAAACUAAUGUACAAACGGGUAUAAUUACUGAUACAUCUUCUACCGUACGACCCUCAACACGUGUAUAUUCGGAGACUUUCGAAAAAACCGUUAAAACUCCUUUAACUUCAUCUGACACUGUAAAAACUAGCAAAAAGUACUCUGAAGAGUCAUUAAAAAAUUCCAGUCAAACUACUGGACAAACUGUAAGACCCUCAACAGAUAUACAUCCGGAGAUAUUUGAAAAUGCCGGAACAUUGACAACAAAGUAUACGGAUGCGAAUAGAGAUAGCGCAGCGACAUCACAAAAUUCCGGUCAAACUAAUGUACAAACGGGUAUAAUUACUGAUACAUCUUCUAGCGUACGACCCUCAACACGUGUAUAUUCGGAGACUUUCGAAAAAACCGUUAAAACUCCUUUAACUUCAUCUGGCACUGUAAUUACUAGCAAAAAGUACUCUGAAGAGUCAUUAAAAAAUUCCAGUCAAACUACUGGACAAACCGGUAUACGUGAAAAGUUAACGGAGACAUCGUCUAGAGUAAGACCCUCUACAAAUAUAUAUUCGGAGACAUUUGAAAAAACUGGACCAUUGACGAUAAAGUAUAAAGAUGCGAUUAGUGGUAACACAGUGACAUUACAAAGUUCCGGUCAAACUACUGUACAAACGGGUAUACGUGAAAAGUUUACUGAUACAUCGUCUAGAGUGAGACCCUUAACAGGCGUAUACUCGGAGACUUUUGAAAAAAUCACUAAAACGCCUUAUACUUCAGCUGACACUGUAAUAACUAACAAAAAGUACUCUGAUGUAUUAUUACAAAACUCCGGUCGAACUACUGGACAAACGGGAAUAAGUGAAAAGUUUUCGGAGACAUCAUCUUCAGUUAAACCCUCAACAGACGUAGAAUCGGAGACAUUUGAAAAAACUAGAACAUUGUUGACAAAAUACACGGGUGCAAUUAGUGAUAGCGCAGGGACAUUACAAAAUUCCGAUCAAAGUCUUAGACAUACGGGUAUAAGUGAAAAGUUUACAGAGACAUCAUCUUCAGUAAGAUCCUCAACAGAUAUACAUCCGGAGAUAUUUGAAAAUACCGGAACAUUGACAACAAAGUAUACGGAUGCGAUUAGAGAUAGCGCAGCGACAUCACAAAAUUCCGGUCAAACUAAUGUACAAACGGACAUAGAAUCGGAGACAUUGGAAAAAACUAGAACAUUGUUGACAAAAUACACGGGUGCAAUUAGAGAUAGCGCAGGGACAUUACAAAAUUCCGAUCAAAGUCUUAGACAUACGGGUAUAAGUGAAAAGUUUACAGAGACAUCAUCUUCAGUAAGAUCCUCAACAGAUAUACAUCCGGAGAUAUUUGAAAAUACCGGAACAUUGACAACAAAGUAUACGGAUGCGAUUAGAGAUAGCGCAGCGACAUCACAAAAUUCCGGUCAAACUAAUGUACAAACGGGUAUAAUUACUGAUACAUCUUCUAGCGUACGACCCUCAACACGUGUAUAUUCGGAGACUUUCGAAAAAACCGUUAAAACUCCUUUAACUUCAUCUGACACUGUAAUAACUAGCAAAAAGUACUCUGAAGAGUCAUUAAGAAAUUUCAGUCAAACAACUGGACAAACUGGUAUACGCGAAAAGUUAGCGGAGACAUCGUCUAGAGUAAGACCCUCUACAAAUAUAUAUUCGGAGACAUUUGAAAAAACUGGACCAUUGACGACAAAGUAUACAGAUGCGAUUAGUGGUAACACAGUGACAUUACAAAGUUCCGGUCAAACUACUGUACAAACGGGUAUACGUAAAAAGUUUACUGAUACAUCGUCUAGAGUGAGACCCUCAACAGGUGUAUACUCGGAGACUUUUGAAAAAAUCACUAAAACGCCUUAUACUUCAGCUGACACUUUAAUAACUAACAAAAAGUACUCUGAAGUAUUAUUACAAAAUUCCGGUCAAACUACUGGACUAACGGGUAUAAGUGAAAAUUUUAAAGAUACGUCGUCUGUAGUAAGACCCUCAACAGGUGUAUACUUCGAGUCGCUUGAAAAAACCUUUCAAACGCCUUCAAUUUCAACUGACAAUGUAAUAACCACUAACAAAUACUCCGAAGUAUCUUUACGAAAUUCUGGUCAAACUACUGGUGAAACGGGUAUAAGUGAAAAGUUUUUAGAGACAACAUCGUCAAUGAAACCCUCAACAGAUAUAAAUUCGGAGAUAUUUGAAAAAACUAGGCCUCUGUUGACAAAAUAUACGGAUGCGAUUGGAGAUAGCGGAGUGACAUCACAAAAUUCUGGCCAAACUAUUGGACAUACUGAAAAAAGUGAAAAGUUUAUAAAGACAUCUUCUUUAGUGAAACCCUCAACAGAUAUACAAUUAAAGACAUAUGAAACCACUAGGCCAUUGUCGUCAAAAUAUAUGGAAUAUCAUGAUACGGUAGAAAAACAUACAGAAUUAAAUGAAGGUAAUGUUCAGUUGAAUCGUUUCUUUAAUCCAAACGACCGAACUGGUAUUGCUCAGGACCACCAAAGUUCUACCCCCAAAUACUUUAUUGAAAAAGGAUUUCGAAGUUUAAGCCCCUCGUCUAUCAACUACACAAGUACCACUGACAAGUAUGUAUCUGGAGCCAUAUACGACUUAAACUACUUGACUGCCGGCUAUAGUCAGAGUCAAGAACCUUCGUAUUCCAAAGUUUUUAAAACGCAAUCAGUCCAAAAAGAAGACACUGAAGAUAGAGUAAUACAGAAAGACGGAGAGGAGGCAAAAGUCAUCGUUUAUGGAAAGGCAACCUCCGAUUCGAUCUCAUCCACAACAGUGUCGCCAAUACCUCAACGUUCGUUCCGUGUAGUAAGUCGCCGUCGACCAGUAGCCACCAUUAAUACUACCUCCACAUCUAACACCACGCAAUCUAUCAAGAAUAUUCCAGACAUUAAACGGAUAGUCUCUAUUGAAGAUUCAUCUAUAACCUCGCGUUCUAAAUCAAAGAACCGGACAACUCAAAGGCGUCCACUGAUAUCUCUGAACAUUGAGCAAGAUCAAAAUCCUGCCUUUAGAAGUGAAGAGGAGAAAAACAGACAGAGUAAAAGUUAUAGCUCCAGCUUCAAGCAAAAUCAGUUAAAUGAUUUGCAAAGUGUCAAAGCGCAAGGCUCAAGGGAAUUCACAAUUGAAAGCCCCAGUGCUGAGACAAUGCUUCUUUCUACAGGAGCUAUCAAAGCAUCCCAACCAGCAGGAUUCACCGCAAACACUAUAAUUACAAAUGUUUCACAAGGUACAAACCAACUUACCGCGACAUAUACCGAAGACAGUAAGUACACAAGAUUAUCGCAGGAUGAAACUCCCGUUAAUAGUUUUAUUGGCACAAACUACUCAGAAAUUCCACUUAAUAUAGGAAUAUCCACAAACAAAUAUACAAAUACAAAUGAGAAAUUUACAACAAUUCAAAAUCCGAGCCCUACUUACGCUUAUAUAGAAAAAAACGACAAAUAUAAGUCAAUUUCGCAAAUAAGAAAUCCAUCAACUACAUCUACCGAAAACAAAAACGUCACCACCACGACACAACAAGAAACGGAUCCUACAAAUAUAUAUUCCAGCAUCAAUGAAAGAUUCACAGAAACUUCACGCAGUAGAAGGCCAUCUAAAAACGGCUCUACAGAGCAAUCAUCCUCAAAAUUAUCAACAUCUGGAUUUAUUGUCACCGGUGCGAAUACCAACGCACUCAAGGAUGCAAUUACAGAUACCACAGUGACAUUACAAAAUUCCGGCCAAACCACUGGACGUACAGGUACAACUGAAAAAUUUACGAAGACAUCUUCUGCAGUAAGACCCUCAACAGAAGUACGCACGGAGACUUUUGAAAAAACUAUUAAAACGCCUUUUAUUUCCACUGACACUGUAAUAACGAGUAAGAAGUACUCCGAAGUAUCACGAAGCCCAUCUACUAGUACGUAUGUGGAAUCGGUGGAAAAUCGUACGAAAUUGAAUGAUGAUAAUGUUUCCUCAAAUCGUUACUUUACUUCGAACAAUCAGUACACAGGUAUUGUUCAAGACCACCAGAGUUCUACCGCCAAAUACUUUACUGAAAAAGGAUCUCAAAGUGUAAGCCGAGGAGCGUCUAUUAUAUACCCAAGUACCACCGACAAGUAUGUAUCUGGAGCCAUAUACGACUUAAACUACUCGACUGCCGGCCGUAGUCAGAGUCCAGAAAGUUCAUAUUCCCAAGUUUCAAACACGCACUCAGUUCAAAAGGAACAGCAAUUAGUGUCAGAUGAACAGCCAGUGAAACAAGUUGAAACAGCACAGUGGGUUCAGACAGUGCAGAGAGUACAGCCUGUAGGGAAAAUCGAAACUUCUGAACUUAACGGAGUGAUCGAGCGUAUAGAUAGCCAUAAUUAUAAAGAAAGCAGCGAAGGAAGAGUAAUACAGCAAUACGGAGAGGAGGCAAAAGUCAUCCUUCAUGGAAAGGCAACCCCCGAAUCCAUCUCUUCCACAACAGUAUCGCCAACACCUCGACGUUCGUUCCGUGUAGUAAGUCGCCGUCGACCAGUUGGCUCCACUAAUACCACCUCAACAACAAACUCCACGCAAUCUACCAAUAAUAUUUUGGACAGAUUCAUUGAACGGACAGGUGACAGUGCUGAGACAAUGCUUACUUCAACGGGAGGAUUCACCACCACCAACAUAAUUACAAAUGUUUCACGGGGAACAAACCAAGCUACCGCGACAUAUAUCGAAGACAGAAAGAACACAAGAGUGUCGCAGGGUGAAGCUCAAAUAAACAGUUUUACUGGUGCAAACAACCCGGAACUGCCACUUAAUACAGGAAUAUCCACAAACAAAUAUACCAAUAUAAAUGAGAAAUAUAAAACAGUACAAAAACUGAGCCCUACUUACACUUAUGAAAAAACAACAAUUUCACAAAGAACAGAACCUUCAACUACAUUUACCGAAAACAAAAACGUAACCACCUUGACACAGCAAGAAACGGAUUCCACAAAUAUAUAUUCCAGUACGAAUGAAAGAUUAAGAGAAGCUUCACGCAGAAGAAAGCCAUCUACAAACAGCUCUAGAGAGCAACUGUCAACGAAAUCAUCAACAUUUGGAUUUACUGUCACAGGUGCGAAUACAAACGCACAAAAGGAUGCGAUUACAGAUACCGCAGUGACGUUACAAAAUUCCGGCCAAUCUACGGCGCGUACAGGUAUAAGUGAAAAGUUUACGGAGACAUCGUCUGCAGUAAGACCCUCGACAGAAAUACACACUAAGACCUUUGAAAAUACUAUUAAAACGCCUUCAAUUUCCACUGACACUGUAAUGACGAGUAAGAAGUACUCCGAAGUAUCACGAAGCCCAUCUACUAGUACGUAUGUGAAAUCGGUGGAAAAACAUACGAAAUUGAAUGAUGAUAAUGUUUCCUCAAAUCGUUACUUUACUUUGAACGAUCAGUACACAGGUAUUCUUCAAGACCACCAGAGUUCUACCGCCAAAUAUUUUACUGAAAAAGGAUCUCAAAGUGUAAGCCGAGGGGCGUCUAUUAUAUACCCAAGUAACACCGACAAGUAUGUAUCUGGAGCCACAUACGACUUAAACCACUCGACUGCCGGCUAUAGUCAGAGUCCAGAAAGUUCAUAUUCCCAAGUUUCAAACACGCAAUCAGUUCAAAAGGAACAGCAAUUAGUGUCAGAUGAACAGCCAGUGAAACAAGUUCAAACAGCACAGUGGGUUCAGACAGUGCAGAGAGUACAGCCUGUAGUGAAAAUCGAAACAUCUGAACUUAACGGAGCCAUCAAGCCUAAAAAUAGCCUUAAUUACAAAGGAGACAGUGAAGAAAGAGUCAUACAGCAAUACGGAGAGGAGGCCAAGGUCGUCCUUCAUGGAAAGGCAACCUCCGAAUCAAUCUCUUCCACACCAGUAUCGCCAACACCUCGACGUUCGUUCCGUGUAGUAAGUCGCCGUCGACCAGUUGGCUCCACUAAUACCACCUCAACAACAAACUCCACGCAAUCUACAAAUAAUAUUUGGGACAGAUUCAUUGAACGGACAGGCGACAGUGCUGAGACAAUGCUUACUUCAACGGGAGGAUUCACCACCACCCAUAUAAUUACAAAUCUUUCACGGGGAACAAACCAAGCUACCGCGACAUAUAUCGAAGACAGAAAGAACACAAGAGUGUCACAGGGUGAAGCUCAAUUAAACAGUUUUACUGCUGCAAACAACCCGGAACUGCCACUUAAUACAGGAAUAUCCACAAACAAAUAUACCAAUAUAAAUGAGAAAUAUAAAACAGUACAAAAACUGAGCCCUACUUACACUUAUGAAAAAACAACAAUUUCACAAAGAACAGAACCUUCAACUACAUUUACCGAAAACAAAAACGUAACCACCUUGACACAGCAAAAAACGGAUUCCACAAAUAUAUAUUCCAGUACGAAUGAAAGAUUAAGAGAAGCUUCACGCAGAAGAAAGCCAUCUACAAACAGCUCUAGAGAGCAACUGUCAACGAAAUCAUCAACAUUUGGAUUUACUGUCACGGGUGCAAAUACAAACGCACAAAAGAAUGCGAUUACAGAUACCGCAGUGACGUUACAAAAUUCCGGCCAAUCUACGGCGCGUACAGGUAUAAGUGAAAAGUUUACGGAGACAUGGUCUGCAGUGAGACCCUCAAUAGAAAUACACACUGAGACCUUUGAAAAUACUAUCAAAACGCCUUCAAUUUCCACUGACACUGUAAUGACGAGUAAGAAGUACUCCGAAGUAUCACGAAGCCCAUCUACUAGUACUUAUGUGAAAUCGGUGGAAAAACAUACGAAAUUGAAUGAUGAUAAUGUUUCCUCAAAUCGUUACUUUACUUCGAACGAUCAGUACACAGGUAUUCUCCAAGACCACCAGAGUUCUACCGCCAAAUAUUUGACUGAAAAAGGAUCUCAAAGUGUAAGCCGAGGGGCGUCUAUUAUAUACCCAAGUAACACCGACAAGUAUGUAUCUGGAGCCACAUACGACUUAAACCACUCGACUGCCGGCUAUAGUCAGAGUCCAGAAAGUUCAUAUUCCCAAGUUUCAAACACGCAAUCAGUUCAAAAGGAACAGCAAUUAGUGUCAGAUGAACAGCCAGUGAAACAAGUUCAAACAGCACAGUGGGUUCAGACAGUGCAGAGAGUACAGCCUGUAGUGAAAAUCGAAACAUCUGAACUUAACGGAGCCAUCAAGCCUAAAAAUAGCCUUAAUUAUAAAGAAAACAGCGAAGGAAGAGGAAUAAAGCAAUACGGAGAGGAGGCAAAAGUCAUCCUUCAUGGAAAGGCAACCUCCGAAUCAAUCUCUUCCACACCAGUAUCGCCAACACCUCGGCGUUCGUUCCGUGUAGUAAGUCGCCGUCGACCAGUUGGCUCCACUAAUACCACCUCAACAACAAACUCCACGCAAUCUACCAAUAAUAUUUUGGACAGUUUCAUUGAACGGACAGGCGACAGUGCUGAGACAAUAGUUACUUCAACGGGAGGAUUCACCACCACCAAUAUAAUUACAAAUGUUUCACGGGGAACAAACCAAGCUACCGCGACAUAUAUCGAAGACAGAAAGAACACAAGAGUGUCGCAGGGUGAAGCUCAAUUAAACAGUUUUACUGGUGCAAACAACCCGGAACUGCCACUUAAUACAGGAAUAUCCACAAACAAAUAUACCAAUACAAAUGAGAAAUAUAAAACAGUACAAAAACUGAGCCCUACUUACACUUAUGAAAAAACAACAAUUUCACAAAGAACAGAACCUUCAAAUACAUCUACCGAAAACAAAAACGUCACCACCUCGACACAACAAGAAACAGAUACUACAAAUAAAUAUUCCAGCACGAAUGAAAGACUUAGAGAAGCUUCAAGCAGAAUAAAGCCAUCUACAAACAGCUCUAGAGAGCAACUGUCAACGAAAUCUUCAACAUUUGGAUUUACUGUCACGGGUGCGAAUACAAACGCACAAAAUGAUGCGAUUACAGAUACAACAGUGACGUUACAAAAUUCCGGCCAAUCUACGGCACGUACAGGUAUAAGUGAAAAGUUUACGGUGACAUCGUCCGCAGUAAAACCCUCAACAGAAAUAAAUACAGAAACAUUUCAAAAAACUAUUAAAACGCCUUUUAUUUCCACUGACACUGUAAUAACGAGUAAGAAGUACUCCGAAGUAUCACGAAGCCCAUCUUCUAGUACGUUUGUGAAAUCGGUGGAAAAACAUACGAAAUUGAAUGAUGAUAAUGUUUCCUCAAAUCGUUACUUUACUUCGAACGAUCAGCACAUAGAUAUUGUUCAAGACCACAAGAGUUCUACCGCCAAAUACUUUACUGAAAAAGGAUCUCAAAGUGUAAACCGAGGGGCAUCUAUUAUAUACUCAAGUACCACCGACAAGUAUGUAUCUGGAGCCAUAUACGACUUAAACUACUCGACUGCCGGCUAUAGUCAGAGUCCAGAAAGUUCAUAUUCCCAAGUUUCAAACACGCAAUCAGUUCAAAAGGAACAGCAAUUAGUGUCAGAUGAACAGCCAGUGAAACAAGUUCAAACAGCACAGUGGGUUCAGACAGUGCAGAGAGUACAGCCUGUAGUGAAAAUCGAAACAUCUGAACUUAACGGAGCCAUCAAGCCUAAAAAUAGCCUUAAUUAUAAAGGAGACAGUGAAGAAAGAGUAAUACAGCAAUACGGAGAGGAGGCCAAGAUCGUCCUUCAUGGAAAGGCAACCUCCGAAUCAAUCUCUUCCACACCAGUAUCGCCAACACCUCGACGUUCGUUCCGUGUAGUAAGUCGCCGUCGACCAGUUGGCUCCACUAAUACCACCUCAACAACAAGCUCCACGCAAUCUACCAAUAAUAUUUUGGACAGAUUCAUUGAAAGGACAGCAACCUCCGAUUCGAUCUCAUCCACAACAGUAUCGUCAACACCUCGACGUUCGUUCCGUGUAGUAAGUCGUCGACCAGUUGCCACCACCAAUACCACCUCCACAUCUAACACCACGCAAUCUUCCACGAAUAUUCUAGACGGAUUCAUUGAACGGACAGAAUCUGUUGAAAAUUCAUCUAUAACCUCCCGUUCUAAUUUGAAGAACUUGACGAUUAAAAAGCGUCCAUUAGUAUCUCUGAAGGUUGUGGAGGAUCAAAACCCUGCCUCUACGAAUGAAGAGGAGGAAAACCGACAGAGUACGAGUAUAAGCUAUAGUUCCAGCUUCAAGCAAAAUCAGUUAGAUGAAGUGCAAAGACUCUUGGCUCAAGGUUCAAGGAAAUUCACAGUUGAAAGCCACAGUGCUGAGACAAUACUUCCUUCAACAGGAACUAUCAAAGCAUCCCAACCUGCAGGAUUAACUGCUACCACUAUUAUUACAAAUGUUUCACAUGGAACAAACCAAGCUACCGCGACAUAUUUCGAAGACAAUAAGAACACAAGAGUAUCGCAAAGUGAAACUCACGUAAACAGUUUUACUGGCACAAACGACAGGGAACUGCCACUUAAUACAGGAAUAUCCACAAGCAAAUAUACCAAUACAAAUGAGAAAUAUGCAACAGUACAAAACCUAAGCCCUACUUACACGUAUGUAGAAACAAGCGACAAUUUUAAGCUAAUUUCACAAAGAACAAAACCGUCGACUACAUCAACAAACGUCACCACCAAGACAGAACAAAAAACAAAUCCAUCAAAUGGCUAUUCAAGCACAAAUGAAAGUUAUAUAAAAGCUUCACGCGGAAGGAGGCCAUCUACAAACAGCUCUACAGAACAACCCACAACGGAAUCGUCAACAGUUGCAUUUACUGUCACCAGUGAUGGCACGAAUAAUGGUAACCUAUCACCUGUGACUUCUAACCAACCAUCAAGCACAAUUAGUAAUCUGGCCAGAAAGAAGACGGUGUUCCGAAGAAUUUCCACAACUACCCAACCGAGUUCAAGCACGACAACAACACCGAAGUCAAGUACUCUUGAGAAAGUCCAUACAGUCGAGACAGUGACAGUUCUUAAAAAACAACCAGUUCAGAAGGAACAGCAAUUAGCGUUAGAAGAACUGCCAGUCAAGCAAAUUCAACCAACACAGAGGGUUCAGACAGCGCAGAGAGCACAGCUUGUAAGGAAAGUCGAAACGUCUGAACCCAAUAGAGCGAUCAGGCUUAUAGGUAGAAAUGUUUAUAAUAACGACAGCGAAGAGAAAGUAAUACAGAAGCAAGAAAAUGAGACAAAAGUGAUUGUUCGUGGAAAACGUAACAUUGAAUGCUUGGACAUCGGCAACUUCCCUCAUCCAUCAUCAUGCAAGAAGUUUAUAACGUGCGCUCGCACGAAGAGUGGUACUUUGCGCGGCACGGAGUACACCUGUCCCACUGGCCUGUUGUUUGACCCAGUUAAAAGCAUUUGCAACUGGCCUGCGGAAGUCAAGUGUAACGAAUAA